CAGGGUUUGGCCUUAGCUAAAAUAACUGAUUGGCUGCUAACUGAGAUAGGGAUAAAAAUGAAUAGUGAUGCUGAGGCAGAGCGAACAGCGCAGCGUACGCCUCGUUGGCUGCUCUUGAGUUGUUGAGGGUUGCCUGCGUGCAACUGUUCCAGUCUCUCCCUCCCUACGCGCUGCAGCAGCUGUGAGUCCGCAUCAGCACCACCAUCGCCACAAAUUCUCCCUUCACCCAAAGACAACUGAACUGACAGCCAAAAUGACGAGUGGUAUUUCUUUAGUCAACAGAAGUCUGAGGAGUCGCGGCACCGAAGACUACGCGGUUCUUUAAUAGCACCGUGCAGCGCCAAGGCGGAGAGAACUAGGUCUUCAAACCCCUUUGGGCACUAGACACGGCCCCUGAUGAUCUACAUCUGCCGUUGGAGCUCACAGCUUGAUUUCCCGAGAAUGGGAGCGCAAGCCAGUUUCUCGGCGUUGGAUACGAUAUGAUCGCAUGCCAUCACCCUUCCGUCUGUCACGUCUACCUGUGCGUUCACCUCAUCUCUCGCACUUGAGAAUCUAAUGAAUUCCAUUCGCCUGCCAGCAUGUCUUCACGGAAGAUUUCAUCGGAAUCGUUCAGCUCCCUGGGCUCUGACUACCUCGAGAGCCCCGACGACGGAGAGUGUCCCUUUUCACGGGUGUUCUGGAACGGGAAAAGCCCGGUGGAAACGCUGUCAUGUCCGUUCGAGGACGCUAGUAUAAAGCGGACUACCAGGCGAAAGCGCGUCAACCUGGAUUCGCUGGGCGAAAGCUUGCGGCGGCUCACAUCACCAACGACUCAAACAAUUCAGCUGGCCCUGCAGAGAACUGUGGAGCACUACAGACAGAGUGAAAGCAGGCGCAAAGAGGAUGGGACGGGGGAGAGGUGGGCAUUUGAGAAAUGCCCCUAUGCGGACAACGCGGGCUCGGGGGAAGAGGCGGACAUCUCAGGAAUUCUACAGUACAUGGCUCCGCUGCUGGGCGUGGGCUUCCCGGAGCUGCGGCAGCGCUUUGGUGAGGAGUUCUUCUGCCUGUGCUUCGAGGAGAACGAGCGGGUUCUGCGGGCUGUCGGAGGGAACCUGCAGGACUUCUUCAACGGCUUUGACGCGCUACUGGAGCACAUCCGCGCCGCGGCGCGGGCGGGCGAAGCCACCUCAGGCCCCUCCCCCUAUGCAAAGCAAAAGGACGAGGAGGAGGAAGGUGGUGGUGGUGGAGGAGGAGGAGGAGGAGGAGGAGGAGGUGGAGGAGGGACGACGCUGUUAUUGCACUGUUUCAACCCAGCGCCGACUGUAGGUGUGGCCAUGCCGGGGCUGAUCCGUGCCGCCGCCCGACGCAUCUACCACACGGAGGUGACGGUCGAGGAGGCUCCACCCGCCCGGCUCGUCGACACGGACGACAACGAUAACGAGGAGGACUGUGACCCUGAUGACCACGACUUCUCCUCCUCCCCCGCCCCCUCCCCAUCCUCCUCCCCCUCUCCACCCUCCUCCGUCACCCCCGCCUGCCUCUCCUUUCUGAUCCGCCAGAACCGGCCGCCGCUGCCGGACGUCUCCCCCUCCUCCCCCUCAUCUUCCUCCUCCCCCCACGGUGACCGCCGCCGCUCCUCCUCCCCCGGCUCCUGCUCGGCCUCCUCCAGGCCGCUGCCCCUCAAGCUGUCCUGCUCGCCGCCGGACCUGCGCAUCAGCCUCAGCACCUUCUGCCGGGCCUUCCCCUUCCACCUGGUGUUGGGGCCCCGCAUGGAGGUGCUCCAGCUGGGCGAGGGGCUACGCAAACAGGCCAAGUGCGAGCCCCACCGGACGCCCAACUUCCGCGACCACUUCGAGAUUGUCUCCCCCCGCAUCCCCUGCACCUUCCAGAGCAUCCUGCUGCGGCUGGCCACCCCCUUCACCAUCCGCACACGGCCCGAGGCCGGGGGACUGGAUGGCAGGGAGAAGGUAAUGGAGAUCAAGGGUCAGAUGAUCCACGUGCCAGAGUCGCGCUCGCUCAUGUUCCUGGGCUCGCCGCGCGUGGACAAGCUGGAGGAGCUGAUGGGCCGCGGCCUGCACUUGUCCGACAUCCCCAUCCACGACGCCACGCGCGACGUCAUCCUGGUGGGCGAGCAGGCCAAGGCGCAGGACGGCCUGAAGAAGCGCAUGGACAAGCUGAAGGCCACCCUGGAGCGGACGCACCAGGCGCUGGAGGAGGAGAAGCGGCGGACGGUGGACCUGCUCUACUCCAUCUUCCCGGGCGACGUGGCGCAGCGCCUGUGGCAGGGUCUGCCCGUGCAGGCCAAGAAGUUCGACGACGUCACCAUGCUCUUCUCGGACAUCGUGGGCUUCACAGCCGUGUGCGCCCAGUGCACGCCCAUGCAGGUCAUCAGCAUGCUCAACGAGCUGUACACACGCUUCGACUACCAGUGCGGCAUACUGGACGUGUACAAGAUUGAGACAAUAGGUGAUGCCUACUGUGUGGCGGGCGGCCUCCAUCGCAAGAGUGACAGCCAUGCUCGGCCGAUCGCGCUCAUGGCUCUGAAGAUGAUGGAGCUGUCGGAGGAGGUGCUCACACCAGACGGCAACCCCAUCAAGCUCCGGAUUGGGAUCCACACGGGCUCAGUCCUGGCGGGGGUGGUGGGGGUGAAGAUGCCCCGGUACUGUCUGUUUGGGAACAACGUGACGCUGGCCAGCAAGUUUGAGUCGGGGAGCCACCCACGCUGCAUCAACGUCAGCCCCACCACACACCAGCUCCUACGAGAUGAUCGCUUGUUCACCUUCAUCGCUCGCUCUCGGCAGGACCUCCCCGACAACUUUCCCAAAGAGAUCCCGGGCAUCUGCUACUUCCUGGAGGCGGGCAAAUCUCAGAGCCACUCCUCCCUGACCAGCUCACGUUCGGCCCCACCUGCUCCCAUCCGCAGAGUCUCCUACAACAUCGGCACCAUGUUCCUCCGAGAGACUAGCCUAUGAGGAGACGGUGGAUCUGGACUGGGUUGG